AUGCAGUCUGAGGAGACAACCAUCGCCUGGUGUAGGGGGAACGGACUGCUGCCUUGCGCAGCUGAUCAGGAACAACCGCCUCCUUGCCUUAAAGCAGGCUGCAGUGGAACCCUGAGGGAUGCCACUAAAGAUCGCCUGGGUCGGCCCUGCUCGAAGCUCCCCAUUAGAGUCAUCUUGGCGCUUGCCUGGACGUGGGCCUACGACAUCACCAUCACUAAGAGCAAGCUCAUGUUAGCAGGGGAACUGAGUAGCCUUCGAAAUGAGACCUUCAUUGACUGGCGACACUUCGCGAGAGAAAUCCUCCAGGUGCUCUUUGCGAAUGCGCGGCCAAUGGGUGGCCCAGGAGAAGUGAUCCAGAUUGAUGAAAGCUACUUUCGGGCCCGGCGGAAAAACAACAAAGGCCGCCUGAUGCAAGGCAACGCCGUUCCUUCUGCAUGGGAAAACUAUGGGGACGUCGUAGACGGACCAUGGGUCUUUGGAAUGGCCUGGCGUCAUGAUGGGCACACGGAACUGCGUCUGCUUCACGUUCAGAGGCGGGACCGUGCGACGCUGCUGCCCAUCAUCAGACAGCACAUUGCUCCGGGGACGGAGAUCUGGUCGGAUGAAUGGGCAGCAUAUGCAACCUUGAGCCAUCACGGAUACAACCACAAGACCGUGAAUCACCAACAGCACUUUGUGGAUCCUGUGAGUGGCUGCAACACCCAAAUGAUAGAAAGUCACUGGGCUUCGGUCAAGGCCCGUAUACAAACUCGCGGGCGCGGAACAACGUCCAAGAUGCUGCAAAUGCAUCUCAUCGAAGCCUGGUGGCGUUCUGUCCAUGACGCUCCAAGACCGUUCCUUGACUUUCUUGACGCCAUCAAGUCCGUCUACCCACAAAAAUAGCACACCUUCAUGCUAUUCUUUUUAUUCCCAUGCCCAUUGACAUUGACAUU